GUCUCUUCACCUCCGUGUGUGCACACUUUACCACACAGACAGACACAGACACACACUCGCAGGACUAGUGUGUGUGACACGGAGUCCUCAGCCGCUUGUCAGAGUGUGUGCGUGUGUCAGGUUUGUGCAGUUGUGCGUCUGUCGUGCAGAACCCGGCAGUGACUGAGAGAGGGAGACUCAACUUGUAGUUUCUCCCGAGACACGGAGGACAGAGCAAGACUGAAGAGGACAGAGGAAGACGAGAAGAACUGAGGACAGAGUUCCUCUCGUCCUCCACCUGCGGCUCGUGUCUCUGUCCUGGUCCCGGAUCAGCUGCAGGAUGUCGGACUCUGCCUCCAGUUUCCUUCACAUCGGAGACAUCGUGUCUCUGUAUGCAGAAGGAUCCGUCAACGGCUUCAUUAGCACCCUGGGGUUGGUAGAUGACCGCUGUGUGGUCGAACCCGCCGCCGGAGAUUUGGAGAAUCCUCCGAAGAAGUUCAGAGACUGUCUGUUCAAGGUUUGUCCCAUGAGUCGCUACUCGGCUCAGAAACAGUUCUGGAAAGCAAAACAAGCCAAACAUGAGAAGGACAAGAUCGCUGACGUGGUCCUGCUGCAGAAACUACAGCAUGCGUCCAACCUGGAGCAGAAGCAGAAUGAGACAGAAAACAAGAAGGUCCACGGGGAUGUUGUGAAAUAUGGAACCGUCAUGCAGUUGCUCCAUAUGAAGAGUAAUAAAUACCUGACGGUGAACAAGCGGCUGCCGGCGCUGCUGGAGAAGAACGCCAUGCGGGUCACUCUGGACGGGACGGGGAACGAGGGCUCCUGGCUCUUCAUCCAGCCCUUCUGGAAGCUCCGCGCCAACGGAGACAAUGUGGUUGUGGGAGAUAAAGUCAUCCUGAACCCGGUGAACGCCGGUCAACCGCUCCACGCUUCAAACUACGAACUGACCGACCAUCCAGGCUGCAAGGAGGUGAACUCAGUGAACUGCAACACCAGCUGGAAGAUCAACCUGUUCAUGAUGUUCAGUGACCACAGAGAGGAAGUCCUCAAAGGAGGGGAUGUGGUGAGGUUGUUUCACGCCGAGCAGGAGAAGUUCCUGACAUGCGACGAGUACAAGAGCAAACUCCACGUGUUCCUCCGCACGACGCUGAGACAGUCGGCGACCUCGGCGACCAGCUCCAACGCUCUGUGGGAGGUCGAGGUUGUCCAUCAUGACCCGUGUCGUGGGGGGGCGGGACACUGGAACAGCCUCUAUCGCUUCAAGCACCUGGCCACGGGCAACUACCUGGCUGCUGAGGAGAAUCCAGGUUACAAAGGAGACGUGGCAGAGAUCGUGACCUCGACCUCGACCUCGAUGGACGGCAGUCGUAGCAACAAGCGCUCGCACGGCGAGAGGAUCAAGUACAAGCUGGUGGCGGUGCCUCAUGGGAACGACAUCGCCUCGCUGUUCGAGCUGGACCCGACCACGCUGCAGAAGACCGACUCCUUCGUUCCACGGAACUCGUACGUGCGACUGAGACACCUGUGCACCAACACCUGGAUCCAGAGCACCAACGUCCCCAUCGACAUCGACGAGGAGAGACCCAUCAGACUCAUGUUAGGAACGUGUCCCACGAAGGAGGACAAGGAGGCCUUCGCCAUCGUCUCAGUUCCUGUCAUGGAGAUCAGAGAUCUGGACUUCGCCAAUGACGCCAGUGCCAUGUUGAGCACCGUGGUCGACCAGUUCAACCAGGGCUUCAUCAGCCAGAACGACCGCAGGUUUGCCAUCAAGCUGCUGGAGGACGUGGUUUUCUUCGUGGCUGAUGUCAUCAACAGUGGCCAGGCGGUGCUGGAGGUGAGCAUGAGCAAAGCCAACCGGGAGAGACAGAAGCUGAUGAGAGAGCAGAACAUCCUCAAACAGAUCUUUGGCAUCCUGAAGGCUCCCUUCAAGGACCGGGGGGGAGGCGAGGGGCCCCUGCUGCGACUGGAGGAGCUGGCCGACCAGAAGAACUCUCCCUACCAGUACAUGCUCCGACUCUGCUACAGGGUCCUCCGACACUCACAGGAGGACUACCGGAAGAACCAGGAGCACAUCGCGAAGCAGUUCGGUGUGAUGCAGAGUCAGAUCGGCUACGACAUCCUGGCUGAGGACACCAUCACCGCUCUGCUGCACAACAACCGCAAGCUGCUGGAGAAGCACAUCACCAAGACCGAGGUGGAGACCUUCGUCAGCCUGGUCCGCAAGAACCGAGAGCCCAGGUUUCUGGACUACCUGUCAGACCUGUGUGUGUCCAACAACGUGGCCAUCCCCGUCACUCAGGAGCUCAUCUGUAAGUGUGUGCUGGACCCCAAGAACCAGGACAUCCUCAUCAAGACAGAGCGUCGAGUCCCGAAGGAGCUGCCCCCUGGUGGUCCGGAGGGGGAGUACAUCGGGAUGGACGACUAUGGAGACGAUGAUGAGGUGUGGCUGGUGUGGACGGACAAGACCAAUGAGAGACAGGAGAAGGGCAUCCGACAGCUUGCUCAGGAGGCGAGGCAGGGAAACGCUCAUGACGAGAACGUCCUCACCUACUACAGGUACCAGCUGAAGCUCUUUGCCCGGAUGUGUUUGGACCGUCAGUACCUGGCCAUCGAUGAGAUCUCCAAGCAGCUGGACGUGGAGCUCAUCUUCCUGUGCAUGAUGGACGAGACGCUGCCCUUCGACCUGCGCGCCUCCUUCUGUCGCCUCAUGCUCCACGCCCACGUGGACCGGGACCCCCAGGAGCUGGUGACCCCGGUGAAGUUCGCCCGCCUCUGGACCGAGAUCCCCACGUCCAUCACCAUCAAAGAUUAUGACUCCAACAUGGACGACAGCAGGUACAACAAGAAGAACCGUUUCUCCAACACCAUGGCCUUCAUGGAGGAAUAUCUCAACAACGUUCUCAACGACGAAUUCCCGUUCCACAACGAGGAGAAAAACAAACUCACCUACGAGGUGGUGAGUCUGGCCAGACAUCUGAUCUACUUUGGCUUCUACAGUUUCUUUGAGCUGCUCAGACUCACCAGAACUCUGCUGGGCAUCAUCGACUGUCGACCCAACCCUGGCCACGCUGCGCUGCUGUUCCAUGAUGACGGAUCAGGGAAGAACGUGAAGCGCUCCAUACACGGGAUGGGACAGAUGAUGUCCACCAUGGUCCUCAACAGGAAGCAGUCCCUAUUUGGAGGUCCGGGCGCCAGAGGGGCCGGGCUGGGGGCGGGGCUAGGAAUUGAUGGACAGAGAGCUGGUAAAGACAGCAUUGACAGGAUGGACCUGACGGUGAUGGACACGAAGCUGAAGAUCCUGGAGAUAUUACAGUUCAUCCUGAACGUUCGACUGGACUACCGCCUCUCCUUCCUGCUGUCCGUCUUCAAGAAGGAGUUUGUGGAGGUUUAUCCGAUGGCUGAUGCCGACGCCACCACUAACAUGGAGCAAGCAGCCGCCAUCAACCUGCUGCACAUUGGGGAGCAGGCGGAGGCCAUGUUUGGAGUCGGGAAAGGGAACAGCAUCCUGGAGGUGGACGAUGAAGGCGGGCGCAUGUUCUUGCGAGUGCUGAUCCACCUCACCAUGCACGAGUACCCUCCUCUGGUGUCUGGAGCCCUGCAGCUGCUCUUCAGACACUUCAGCCAGAGACAGGAAGUCCUGCACACAUUCAAACAGGUCCAGUUGCUGAUCACGUCUUCGGAUGUAGAGAACUACAAGCUGAUCAAGGCGGAUCUGGAUCGCCUCCGGACGCUGGUGGAGAAAUCUGAACUGUGGGUGGAGAAGAAAAGCUCGGGAGGAGGUGACGGCAAGAAGGAGAAAAAAGACAAGAAGGAGAAAGAAGAGGGGCUGUCAGAGGAAGCAUCGCCCACGAAGGACAAACACGAGAAGGGCAACGAGAACUACCGCAAAGUCAAAGAGAUCCUGGAAAGGUUGAGUAAGAUGUGCAUCAGUGGAGUUUGGAAGAAGCAGCAGAGGUUGUUGAAGAACAUGGGAGCUCAUAAAGUCAUGCUGGACCUGCUGCAGGUGUCAUAUGACCAGAGCGACAUGAAGAUGCAGGAGAUCAUCAGGUACACUCACCUGUUCCUGCAGAAGUUCUGUACGGGGAACCCGGAGAACCAGGUGUUGCUGCACAAGAACCUCAACCUGUUCCUCAACCCUGGGUCUCCUCCUCCUGUGCAGCUGCUGGAGGCCGAGACCGUGCAGCACAUCUUCAGCAACAACUACCAGCUGUGCAGCGAGAUCUCCGAGAGCGUCCUGCAGCACUUCAUCCACUGCCUGGCCACGCACGGCCGCCACGUCCAGUACCUCAACUUCCUGCACACCAUCAUCAAGGCCGAGGGCAAGUACGUGAAGAAGUGUCAGGACAUGAUCAUGACCGAGUUGACGAACUCCGGCGAGGACGUCGUGGUCUUCUACAACGACAAGGCCUCAUUCAACGUCAUGCUGGAUCUGAUGGCGGAGAGCAGGGAGGGGGUGGGCGAGAGCAGCCCGCUCAGGUAUCACAUCUCUCUGGUGGAGCUGUUGGCAGCCUGCGCCGAGGGGAAGAACGUCUACACCGAGAUCAAGUGCACGUCACUGCUCCCCCUGGAGGACGUGGUGCGGGUGGUGACGCACGAGGACUGCAUCACCGAGGUGAAAAUCGCCUACGUGAACUUUGUGAAUCACUGCUACGUGGACACCGAGGUGGAGAUGAAGGAGAUCUACACGUCCAACCACAUCUGGAAGCUGUUUGAAGACUUCACAGUGGACAUGGCUCGGGUUUGUAAUAAGAGAGAGAAGCGACUCUCUGAUCCCAUCCUGGAGAAAUACAUCAUCCACGUGGUGUUCGACACCAUCAACGCCUUCUUCAGCUCGCCCUUCUCUGAGAACAGCACCUCUCUGCAGACUCACCACACCAUCGUCACUCACCUGCUGCAGUCGUCCGUCCGGCUGCUGGACUGUCCCUGGCUGCAGCAGCAGCACCGAGGUCAGGUGGAGACCUGCAUCAAGACGCUCGCCAUGACAGCUAAGACUCGUUCCAUCGCUAUCCCUCUGGACCUGGAGUCUCAGAUCAGCUCCAUGUUGUCCAGUUCUGCUCUCAACUCUCUGUCCCGCUCGAACCCAAACUACAAGUCCUCCUCCCGGUCCAUCAGGCCCAUCGCACCCAGCAACCCCUGGGACUACAAGAACAUCAUCGAGAAGCUGCAGGACAUCAUCAACACUCUGGAGGAGCGUCUGAAGCCGCUGGUCAACGCCGAACUGUCCGUGUUGGUGGACGUCCUCCAUCAGCCGGAGCUGCUGUUCCUGGAGGGAACCGACGCCCGGCAGCGCUGCGAGUCCGGAGGAUUCAUCUCCAAGCUGAUCCAACACACCAAAGCUCUGAUGUCUGCAGAAGAGAAGUUGUGUAUCAAAGUGUUGAGGACGCUGCAGGAGAUGCUGAUCAGGACUCUGGACUUCGAUGAAAAGGGAAUCUCGCUGCGUAAAGUUUUGCUGCAGAAUUAUCUGUUUCCGAACAAGAAGAACAACCUGAAGACCGACCUGGCGGAGCUCACAGCUGCAGGCGGGGAGCAGGAGCGGGACUGGGCGGCGGUGGCGGCGGUUCAGUGUCGUCUGGACCGAGAAGGAGGAACAAAGCUGUUCACAGAUCUGGUGAUGAGCACCAAGAACGACAAGAUCUUCCAGGAGAGCAUCCAGCUCGCCAUCUGUCUGCUGGAGGGGGGGAACACCGAGAUACAGAAUUCGUUUUAUAAACUGAUGAUGGGCGACAACAAAUCAGAGAAGUUCUUCAAGGUUCUUCACGACCGGAUGAAAGAAGCUCGGACGGACAUCAAAGCCACGGUUUCCGUUAACGUGGGAGAGAUGACGUACAAAGCCAACGAGAAGGAGCUGGAGCAAGGCGGCUCAGGAGCUUUAGCACUUCCUGGUUCGGGGGGGCACCAGCUGAUGGGUCAGGCCGGCUCCUCGGCUCUGCAGGCGCCGGCGGUGGAGGAGCAGAGGGAGGUGGAGACGGAGAUGGGACCAGCUGUUAUCAUCAUGAAGCCGAUUCUCAGGUUCCUCCAGCUGCUCUGCGAGAACCACAACCACGACCUGCAGAACUUUCUGCGAUGCCAGAACAAUAAGACCAACUACAACCUGGUGUGUGAGACGCUUCAGUUCCUGGACAUCAUGUGUGGCAGCACCACAGGGGGUCUGGGCCUGCUGGGCCUCUACAUCAACGAGUCCAACGUCCACCUCAUCACCCAGACGCUGGAGACGCUCACCGAGUACUGCCAGGGCCCCUGCCAGGAGAACCAGACGUGUAUAGUGACCCACGAGUCCAACGGCAUCGACAUCAUCACGGCUCUGAUCCUGAACGACAUCAGCCCGUUGUGUCGCUACCAGAUGGAGAUGGUGCUGCAGCUGAAGGACAACGCCUCCAAGCUGCUGCUGGCGCUGAUGGAGAGUCGCCAUGACAGCGAGAACGCCGAGAGGAUCCUGUUCAACCUGCGACCACGAGAGCUGGUGGAGGUGAUAAAGAAGGCCUAUAACCAGGAUCAGGACAGUGAUUGUGAGGGGGGGGAGGUUUCUCCUCGGGAGGUUGGACACAACAUCUACAUCCUGGCUCAACAGUUGGCCAGACACAACAAAGUUCUGCAGAACCUCCUGAAACCACUGAAGAAGAAUAAAGAGGGAGAGGAGGGAAUCUCCUCCAUGCUGAACCUGAACAACCGGCCUCUGUCCCAGAUGUUGAAGUCCACAGCUCCAGCUGCUGUGGUGGAACAGGAUCCUCUGGAGUACUACGAGCUGCUGACCUCUCAGAUAGAGAUUGUGCGUGACGACCGCAGCAUGGAGCAGAUUGUGUUCCCCGUUCAUCCCAUCUGUGAGUUCCUGACCGAGGAGUCGAAGUUCAGGGUCUUCAACACCACGGAGCAGGACGAGCAGGGGUCAAAGGUCACACACUUCUUUGAGCAGUCGUCCUUCCUGCACGGAGAGAUGGAGUGGCAGAAGAAGCUGAGGAGCAUGCCGGUGUUGUUCUGGUUCUCUCGGAGGAUGACUCUCUGGGGAUCCAUCUCUUUUAAUCUCGCCGUCUUCAUCAAUCUCAUCAUCGCCUUCUUCUACCCCUACAACUCAGGACAAGCCGGAGCCAUCGACGACUCCCUGCUGCUGAUGCUCUUCUGGAUCCUGACUGGUUUGUCUGUACUGGGGCUGUUCUCCCAGCGGUACGGCCUCCAGCCUCUGACCCUGGCUCUGAUCCUCAGAUCCAUUUACCACUUCGGCAUCGGGCCCACGCUCAUCCUGCUCGGCGCGCUCAACCUCAUCAACAAGAUUGUGUUUGUUGUGAGUUUCGUGGGAAACAACGGGACGUUUAUUAUGGGAUACAAAGCCAUGGUGAUGGACGUGGAGUUCAACUACCACCUGGCCUACGUCCUGACCUCCACGCUGGGACUGUUCGUCCACGAGCUCUUCUACAGCAUCCUGCUGUUUGACCUCAUCUACCGCGAGGAGACGCUGUUCAACGUGAUAAAGAGUGUGACUCGUAACGGUCGCUCCAUCCUGCUGACGGCGCUGCUCGCUCUCAUCCUCGUCUACCUCUUCUCCAUCGUGGGCUUCCUCUGCCUGAAGGAGGAUUUCAUCAUGGAGGUCGACCUGCUGCCUCAGCUCGCUACAGCUCCUCAGCCGAGCGAAGCCUCUCAGGAUUUCCUCGACUCGUGUUCUUCAGACGGCGUCAGCUGCACAUCAGAGACCAGCGGCGCCGCCGAGGAGGAAGAGGUGUCCAACACGGAGCGAGCGUGUGACACACUGCUGAUGUGCAUCGUCACGGUGCUGAACCACGGGCUGAGGAAUGGAGGAGGAGUCGGAGACGUUCUCAGGAAACCAUCGAAGAACGAGCCGUUGUUCCCCGCCCGGGUCGUGUACGACUUGUUGUUCUACUUCAUCGUCAUCAUCAUCGUCCUCAACUUGAUCUUCGGCGUCAUCAUCGACACGUUCGCUGACCUGAGGAGCGAGAAGCAGAAGAAGGAGGAGAUCCUGAAGACCACGUGUUUCAUCUGUGGUCUGGAGAGAGACAAGUUUGACAACAAGACGGUGUCGUUUGAAGAGCACAUCAAGAUGGAGCACAACAUCUGGAACUACCUGUACUUCAUCGUCCUGGUGCGAGAGAAGAACAAGACGGACUACACCGGGCCGGAGAGCUACGUCGCACACAUGAUCAAGAACAACAACCUGGACUGGUUCCCCCGGAUGCAGGCGAUGUCUCUGGUGGUGACGGACGGGGACGGGGAGCAGAACGAGAUGAGGAUGCUCCAGGACAAACUGGCCACGACCAUGAAGGUGGUGAUGACCCUGACCACGCAGCUGAUGGAGCUGAAGGAGCAGAUGACGGAGCAGAGGAAGAGGAGGCAGAGGAUGGGAUUCGUUGACGUGCAGUCGGGAGCCAGCGCUGCACUGCCCCCUAGUGCCGGAGGAGGAAACCACCAGAUGCACAAAUCAUAGGGACAGACUCGUGUUAUGGAACAUGACAGAGUUUCACUGUAAGAUGCACGACUGCAAAGAAAACACUAGAACACGGAAACAACAUGUGUAUUUAACUCCACAGAUGUCUGUGUGUGUCUGUGGAGAACUGAUCAUGUUAGUGACUUCACACUUGACACGUGUCAAUCACCAGAGAAAGUGCUUGAAGCCGUAACGGGGGCGGGGCCACGAUUAAAACCUCCACCCCCUUCAGAAAUUCAAGAUUAUCAUUGGAAUUCAGAUUUUUCCGUUUCACAGUAAAAAGGCAUCGACUCACUUUAGUUAAUUUAAGAAAAUGUUGUUGGAAACAGAAAACGUUUGAUUGUAAAGUGAACCCAUGUUUUUGUUUGUUUUGUUUUUUAAAUGUAGUUUCUAAGUGGAAUGUUUUAAUAUGAAUAUUAUGGUUUGACUGUGAUGUAUUUAUGGAGCAAAUCCUGUUUUCUAACACUGUAACUAGCUCAGUACAGACACUGGACUAAUGUGAGCUGCUUUCUGCGAAGUCAAGAGAAAGACUUCACAGAGAAACAGAGGGAGGAGGAGGAGGAGGAUGUGAUGAAGACUACACAUCUUCAGAAAAAUAAAAUAUUUACUAUGAAACACAAA